CCCUUGCGAGACCCCUUGCGAGACCCGCUUGCCACUGGUCUACUCCAUCCGACCUUUGGACCGCUGCCCAAGGCCUCUGGGGCUUGGUGAGCCUGUCAUUCAUGCUCUCAGCAGCUUGGCUCUCCCCAGCAAUAUCUCGAUGCACUAAUGUCGUCUUACUGGUCUCUACUAUUAUUGUCUCCAUUUUUGUAAAGAACUUCUCAUUUAUCAUCUCACGCUUCCCCUCGUUCCCUUACUUUGUUCUUUUUUACGGCUCGUUCUGGCUCAUACUCUCUUUUGACUCUCACCCCUCAAUCAUUCAGAAUAAGAAACACUCCUUCCUCCGCACUUCCAAAGAUGUUUGUGUAAAAAUAAAAGUGGAAUCAUCUCCUCUUACCGGCCUUUGCCACCAAAACCAAGAAUCAUCUCAUCGACGACGAGCUUACCCUCGACAUACAUAAAGACACAAUUGGAUUAAUCUUUUAUCUACUGGAGUGGGAAAGCGUCUGGUUCCAGGAGCAUACUGGAUAUAAAAGGAGGACGUCUUGCAAUUCAUAACUCUAUCGGCAGAUAAGAGUCUACUGCCUGUACGCCAUGUCGAACGGAACCAAGCCACAAUUUCAGGGGGCCUGUAUAGCUCCAUUUCUUCAAGAAGAUUUGUUUCCUUCAGAAGGCGGUUGUAAGUGCUUCUCUAGUGCUACUUGGGGGUUUCUUGCUGACGAUAUGAAGUUGUCCAAGGUCGAUAUUGCUCACCAGCUCUCGGUCCAUCCUGUUGUCUUCCGUGUCCACCAGCAGAUUGGUUAUAUCCUGACAGUUUUAAUACUGUCACACAAGUAGCAAAUUGGAUCAAUGUAGUUUCACUGGUAGCAGUUGCCUUUUUAUUAGCCUCAUUCGCAUUUCUUCCGGUUGAGAAAACGCAUCGUCACUACUUAAGUAUAUGCUUGGCAAUGGCGGUUAUUUUGAUGAACGUAAGUCGGCUAUUCUUUUUAUUGAUUUCAUUUGGAGCUGGAAGCGUUGGGUGAUUAUUGCGACAACCGGGUCGACCAGAAAUUAUAGAAUCUCUUAUAUCUAUACAGUUGUCCCAAUAUUUGCUAACUAUUAUCAGCUUGGAUUCAUCGUUCCCUUGGGUGCGAACCCAGAACAGUGCUUCAAUGAAAUCACGCCACAUGAUAUGACAAGUAAUUUAUCGUGUGCUUUUUCCGGAGCUUUCUUGAUUGCAGGAGGUUGGGCUGGAGUUAUGUGGGUGUUUUUGCGCGCCGUCGCCCUUCAUCUUCAAAUCUGUUGGCAGAUGGUUAUUGGGAAGAGAUUCAUGUGGGGUGCACUUGUCACUGGCUGGGGAAUUCCUGCAAUUGGGUUGACUUUGGCAUUGGUGUUCAGUGGUGUUUCGUUUCGAUUCGGUGAUACUUGCCAUGUCAACCACCAGAACAGCUUGGCGGAUCUCUGGAUUCCUUUGCUAGCUUUUGCUGGCAUCACUGUCAUCAUUCAAUUCGGAACCUUUGGAUACUGUAUUAAAGUUUACCUCCAGUCUCUCGCCGAUGACUCAACGACCACAGACACCUCCGGGCUUCCAUCAUAUUCUACCAGCGUUCGAGGAACAAUUUCACCCAAGCAAGCCUACAGAAGAGUCAGAAGAGUCAUUGAGCUCCAGUGGAGAGGCAUUGCAAUCGUUCUUCUGAUCAUUGCUGAUGUCAUAUUCUUCGCCAUUGUCUUCGUAUUUGCGGAUGGCACCGAGACGAAAAUUAUCAAGAAUCCUCAAACAGCUCUGCCCUGGUUGACUUGCAUAGUCCAAAAAGGAGACAAGAACCAGUGCCUGUCAUUGACAGAUAAUAUAAUCGUUAACGAAGCCACUAUUAUCGCUGUUCUUCUACUCCUUUCGGUAAGUUCUUUUGGUCGCUUCAUACUUUCUCAGUUACUGAUUUGUGCUCAGCUCAACGGCAUUUGGUGUCUCUUCCUCCUAGGUCGUAUCUCAAUGUUUACUGGCUGGCUCGAGCUUCUCCGUCCUCAGCCUGAUGUCGAGUUUGCAAGCGUUGAUGUCCGCCAAUUCAAAAACACACCCGAUUCCUAUGAAAUGCUAUCCAAGGAUCGCGACAUGAGCAAAGACGCCGAACUUGAUCAACAACCCUACCAUAAAGCCUACACCUCUCCUGCUCCUUCAAACGUAGUAUCACCCAUAUCUCCCAUAUCGCCUGCUGUCACCAAAAGUCGCCGUGAAACACCGGAUUAUUUCGGUCGCGAAGCAAGAUACAAAUCCCCAUCACGUUCCUUUAGUUCGCCCAAACCACCACUGGGAUUAGCGAGGUCUCAAACCAAAAGCUGGGAUUCUACGAGUACCCAUGCUCCACCCAUGAGUUUCACCGGUGUGGACACGAUGAACGUGAACAAACUAUGA